UGUGAUAGAACAAACACAUAACCUUUAAUUGAUAAACAAAGAAUUUCUGUUUCAUGAAGGGGAACAAUAAAAAUGGAAAGUAUACCUAUCGUAAUUCAAUAUUAUAAUAUAAAAAGUAAUAUCAUUAAUUAGAUAUUAAUAAUCUAUUCGUGCUUUUACGAUGGCUGUUAACAAUGAAUUUGAUAUCAAUAAAGUUUGCAGAGUGUGCCUUCAGGAAGGCAUUUUAACGUCUGUUUUCAAUAAAAAUUUUGCCAUACGCCACUCAGAUAUGAUGAUGUACUGCACAACUGUAAAGAUAUUAGAAAAUGAUGGCCUACCAUCAGUUCUUUGCAAUAACUGUGUUUAUCGACUAGGUGUAGCUUACCAGUUCAACAGCAAUGUGAAAAACUCAGAUAUGAGAUUGCGUCAAUAUUUAGGUUUAGAUUGUAUAAUUACUCACAAAAAUAAUGUUAAAGAAGAAUCAUGUUUACAAGGUAGCCAUCAGUGA